CUUCCUGUCGGCGGGCCCUCCACGUCCGGAGGGAUUGAUCUUCGGGUAUCACUGGCUGCUGAGCGAGCGGGACGUCCUCCAAACCGAGAAGAUGGCUGAUCCUUGGCAGGAAUGCAUGGAUUACGCAGUAACGAUAGCAAGACAAGCUGGAGAGGUGAUUCGUGAAGCUCUAAAACAAAAAAUGAACGUAAUGAUUAAAAGUUCUCCAGCUGAUUUGGUAACUGCGACUGACCAAAAAGUUGAAAAAAUGCUUAUCUCUUCCAUAAAGAAGAAGUAUCCAUCUCACAGUUUCAUUGGUGAGGAAUCUGUGGCUGCUGGGGAAAAAUGUGUCUUAACUGACAGCCCCACAUGGAUCAUUGACCCUAUUGAUGGAACAACUAACUUUGUACAUAGAUUUCCUUUUGUAGCUGUUUCCAUUGGCUUUGUUGUAGAUAAAAAGAUGGAAUUUGGAGUUGUGUACAGUUGUGUGGAAGAUAAGAUGUAUACUGGCCGGAAAGGAAAAGGUGCCUUUUGUAAUGGCCAAAAACUACAGGUUUCAAAGGAAGAUGGCUGUUUUCUUGUUGUGAUUACCUGGGGCUCCUCCAUGCAGAUGAUAGUUUGGCGAGAAGAAGGCAGAGUAUGCUCCGGCCCCCUCAUUCCUGUUGGACUAACUGAUAUUACCAAAUCACUCUUGGUAACCGAGUUGGGAUCUUCCAGAAUACCAGAGACUGUAAGAGUCAUUCUUUCUAAUAUGGAAAAGCUUUUUGCCAUUCCCAUUCAUGGAAUCCGGAGUGUUGGAACAGCAGCUGUUAACAUGUGCCUUGUGGCAACUGGAGGAGCAGAUGCGUAUUAUGAAAUGGGAAUUCACUGCUGGGAUAUGGCAGGAGCUGGCAUUAUUGUUACUGAAGCUGGUGGAAUACUAAUGGAUGUAACAGGUGGACCAUUUGAUUUGAUGUCACGAAGAAUAAUUGCUGCAAAUAGUAGAGCAUUAGCAGAAAGGAUAGCCAAAGAAAUUCAGAUAAUACCUUUACAAAGAGAUGAUGAAGAUUAAUUACAACUGCCUCAUUAUUCACAUUUAUUUUUCCCCAGAUUUACUGUAGCAGUGAUGGAUAUCUGUUUCAUAUGUGUCAAAAGAUUGAUUUAGAUUGUCUUUAAUGUUCUGAUUUUAAAAUGAGAAGUUAAACCAUAGGCUAUAUGCAAAAAUAGAUGUAAUAAUUUGUUUUGUGGCCUUAAAAAAUUCUGUGUGUAAGAAUAUACUUUGAGAAAAACAUGCUGGAAGUUUAGUUUUGUGAGCUGUACAUUGAAAUACUCAGCUAGCAA